UCAAUUUGAAUUCAGUUCUUGACGACCUCCUCCUCUUCUAGGGCUUCCAUUGCCCUCCAACUCUCUACUCUCACCGUUCUUGUUCUGUUACUCAGCCCUCUGGAUUCUCCACGACACUCGUCUUCCAUUUCUGCUCCUCAUCAGCUUCUUUCUUCUUGAGCAAUCAUAAUCUUCAAUUCGAGGCACUGUGUUUUUUGUUGCUGGAUUCCGAUUCCCAAUGGUGAAAACUUCCAAGUCCGUCCAGGAACGCUUCGAAGACGAUGGCAACGGAGAAUUGGGAGUAAAGAUUGAGGGGAAGAGUGGGGACAGCAAGGCGAGUGAUCAUCGGUCUAAACAUUCAGAGACUGAGCAGCGGAGGAGGAGUAAAAUUAAUGAAAGAUUUCAGAUUUUGAGAGACCUCAUACCUCAGAAUGACCAAAAAAGAGAUAAGGCUUCAUUCUUGUUAGAGGUAAUAGAAUACAUUCAGUUUCUACAAGAGAAGUUAAAUUUGUACGAAGGGUCGUGCCAAGGUUGGAGUCCAGAACCUUCAAAAUUGAUGCCAUGGAAGAAUUAUAGAGCUUCUGAAAAUUAUGUUGAUCAUUCUCAAGUGAUAAAGAGUGGUUCCAGUCAUGAGAAUGCUGUUUUCUCCCAACCAAUGCUAACAAAUGCAUCAAAUGUGAUGGACGCUGACUUGGGUCCCGUGGCAGAAUUAAAUGCAGUCGAUCAUGCUCUUGUCUCUGCUUCUCAAGAACUCCCCAUGACCAUGCGUGCACAACCAGUUGUGUUUGACUCGGUUGGAAGAGGUAGUUUAUCCACUGAAACUUUGGAUGAACCUGCAUCAGGAUCAGAGAACAUCUCUUCCAAGACCAAGACUGAAUCGUUUCAGGGCAGAACCUCUACCAGCACAGGUUUCCGAAACCAUGCUGUUAGUGAUCGGGAGGAUCUGACCAUGGAAAGUGAACUGGAGAGUAUCUCAGGUGCCUAUUCCCAUGGGCUACUGAAUACCUUGACCCAGGCGCUGCAGGCUUCAGGCAUUGAUCUGUCACAGACCAAUAUCUCCGUGAAAGUUGAUGUUGGAAAACGAGCAAAUAGAACGAUGUCCAUGUCCGAGAUAUUUCACCAGGAUGACAAAAAACAAUCUAUGAACAAUCAAGUGAUGGCAGAGAGUUUACAUGGCUGCUUCACUGAGAACACAGAACAAGCUCACAAGAAGCUUAGAACAGGGGUCUAGUGUGUUCUUCCCUUGUUCACUUCCAGUUUUUUUUCUUUAAAUGGGUGGUGGGUUUAAUCCUGGCCUUGUUUUUUUCCCAGGUCAUGGUCUGUUAGCAACUGGGAUGUCUUUGAUUGUACAUGUCUUUCUCCUUUGUCCCAGUUGCAAUGGUAUAAGGUUAAGUUGAGAUAGAAAAAGCUUGCAUUUUCUAAUGUCGUGUACUUGUAAUUUUCCAGAUUAAUGAGAGCCCCAAGAAUAUUAUUAGUUGCA